UCUCUUUACCUUCUCCCUUUUUCACUCUGUUACGCUCUCUGCCCUUCUCCCUCCACCAGAGAAUGUUAAAACAGGAAGUGGUUUUGAGCGAGAGCUCAGAAAGAGAGAGAGAAGCUUCCUGCCGAUGAGGUGUUAUGGGGUGGAGUGGGUCGGUUUUUGACAAGCGCACGAGAAGUCGCAAGCGAGAGAAGCCGGAGGAAUCCAACGGCUCAGUGCAUGACAAAUCCACCGCAAGUCUUCCAUCUUCAUCUCCCUCUCUCUCUUUCUCUUGACGUUGCUCUCACCCCUCCCUCUUGCUUAUACAUCCUCCCUCUCCCCCUCUCUCUCUCUCACUUCCUGAGCGAGCGGAAAUCAAAGCUGGGGAUUUCGCUGACAUCCAGAUUCAUAGGCCCAGUUCUCAGUCCAAUCCUUCAGGAAUUGCCAGGGCACGCCAGUCCUCGAUAAUUCACAACUUUUGGCCAAUUGGUGAGAAAAGAGUCAUAAGGGGCUUCUCAGCAUUGGGUACCUGCAAGAACAAACAUCUUGCAACAAACCAGAGGAAAUGAGGGUGUGAAAGGAAAGAGAGAGACAGAGACACUGAAAACGAUUCAACGGAGUGGUUCGGUGACCUGUUGGUGGGAGAGGAGGAACCAGCAGGCCUCAGGCCCCAGGCGAAUGCAGGCCAAGAGCCAAAUAAAGAUCAAUAAGGCCUGAUGCCAAAAAACGGCAAGCCUCGAUGAGGGACCCAACACGAGGGUCUAAACAAUCAUUGAGAUUGGACAAGACCACGGCUCAAGGAUGAAACGACAGAAAGGGAAAAAGAAAAACCAAGCAAAGGAGAGAGUGUUUGGUUGCGAUCUCGUCAUCCAUUUGGAGACAUCAGGCCAGGAAGUUCCCCAGGUGCUGAAAUCAUGUUCACAAUUCAUUGAAGAACAUGGGAUUGUUGAUGGAAUUUAUCGACUGUCUGGGAUAUCAUCAAACAUCCAGAAAUUGCGACAGGAGUUUGACACUGAAAAAACUGCUGAUCUGACCAAGGAUGUUUACUUGCAGGACAUUCACUGUGUCAGUUCACUUUGUAAAGCAUAUUUCCGAGAAUUACCAAACCCAUUACUUAUGUACCAGCUCUACGACAAGUUUGCAGAUGCUGUCAACACACAACUGGAAGAGGACAGAUUGCUCAAAAUAAGUAGCGUCUUGAAGGACCUACCACCCAGCCAUUACAGGACACUGGAGUUUCUGAUGAGGCAUCUGCUCCGAAUGGCUUCCCACAGCUCCAAGACCAACAUGCACGCUCGGAACCUGGCUAUCGUCUGGGCCCCUAACCUUCUGAGGUCCAAGGAGAUUGAAUCAUCGGGAUUUAAUGGAACAGCAGCAUUCAUGGAGGUCCGCGUCCAGUCCAUUGUUGUCGAGUUCAUCUUGAAUCAUGUGGAGCAGCUAUUUGACCACAAGAACCUCACUCCAGAUCCUGGUGUGCAUUCUGAUGACAAACGUAAGUCGCUUGCCUCUCCAUCCUCCGCUCCAAAUCUGGUCAAUGAGGAGUCGGGACACCGGAUCCUAGCCUCCCAGAUUCCCCACAUCGUGCACAUGGGAGACGGACCCCCUGCAAUACGGCCAUACCACUCCAUCAUUGAGCUGCCAGAAAACAGGAGGAAGGGAUCACUAAAGGUGAAGAAAUGGAAAUCAAUUUUCAACCUUGGAAAAUCUGGAACAGAUUCAAAACGGAAAGCCUCCAGGAAUGAUGAGAGAGAUGUAAAGUGCGACACAAGGAAUCUGCGUCCUGCAAAGAGUAUGGACUCCCUCAGCUCGGUACCUUUCACUGAAGAUGGUAACUCUCCAGGGCUGGAUGACCACCAGUCCCACCGCAGCCCCAGUGACCGUCGUGACAGCUUUGGGUCCAUACAUUUUGCCUCCCCGGACCGCCACACUCCAGCCUUUUCCUCCCUGGACCCAGAGCUGUUGCUUGACCGGGGUGUCAUGGAGGCAGCGGUACUGCGCACAGGAUUGGAUUCUCCUCGCUCGGCCAAGGCAGCCAGGCAGAGGGCCGAAAAGCGGGCAGCAAUGCACAUCUCAGGCCCAUUCUCGGUCAGUCUCCCUGAACAUGUGUCCUCACUGCUCAAAGCCACAGAGCAGGGAGCCGGGAGCAUCAGGGGACCAGAAGACUCGCAGGAUCAGAGCAGUGCUGAGGAACAGGAGGACAAUGAUGAUGAGGAGGAGGAUGAGGAUGAUGCUCCCCGUGAACUGGUCGCAGAGGUGGUGCAGGUCGAACAGAAGGCAACAGAAGGGCACGACACUCUGCAGGGUCUGCCAAUCAAUUCCGAGAUCACGUUGGAGCUACAGGACACUUUCUCGUUUCUCGACACACAGGACACAUCAGAGCUGGGAGACGGCGAGACUGACUACCCAGGGGAGCUGGGAAUGCCACUCAGGACGCCUGAGGAAAUGGAGCCAUAUGAUUACUACAUCCAGAGCUGCCACGAAAGGAGCGGGAUGCUAGAAAUGAGCAUUGAGUCAGAGCUGAUGGAUCUUGAGCUGGAUGGCAGAGAGCUAACAGCUUACGACAGUCAGGUUCAAUAUGAGGAGUUCUCUGUUGAGCCUCCUGUUGAAGAGGUUUGGAAUCUUGACGAUGUUUAUGAGCUCACCUCAGAGCGUAGUGGAACCCAAUGGGACUGCCCCAAGGAGGCCUCAUGUUCAGGAAAGGAACGUCAAGACCCUGAACUUUGUGGCACAGAUCUCAGAACUCCAAGCCCCACUUCCAAGUGCGUGCAGACCAGGAAUGUUGACUGCUCAACCGUGGUGUGCAUUGCUGGUGGGGAGAAUCCCCGAGAAGAGAUCUCAGAAUCCGGGAAAGUUGGAUGCUCCACGGUAGCGUGCUGUACAGAGCAGCAGGAUCAAAGUGAGGGGAACGCAGGCUGCUCAACUGUGGCGUGCUGCGCAGGGCAGCAUGAUCAGAGUGAGGUGAAUAGGGGCUGCCCCACUAUAGCGUGCUGCACUGAGCAGCACGAUCAGAGUGAGGGAAGUGCUGGCCACUCGACCACAGCGUGCUGCAUAGAACAGCACGAUCAGAGAGACGGGAGCUCCGGUUGCUCGACUACAGCGUGCUGCACACAGCAGCGCGAUCAGAGAGACGGGAGCUCCUGCUGCUCGACUACAGCGUGCUGCACACAGCAGCGCGAUCAGAGAGACGGGAGCUCCGGCUGCCCGACUACAGCGUGCUGCACACAGCAGCGCGAUCAGACAGACGGGAGCUCCGGCUGCCCGACUACAGCGUGCUGCACAGAGCAGCACGACCAGGGCGAGGGGAGCUGCGGCUGUUCCACCGAGGCAACCUUCACCGAGCAGGUCGAAACGGACGGCGAGGUGGGCCGGAGGGCACUGGCGCCCAGCCCCGCCGGUCUAGCCAGGUCCCCGGGCAGGAUAUACCAAGCCCGCUCACUGCCCGUGGUGCCCCCGAAGCCGCACUACGCCAAGCUGCCACCGGCGCUGAAGGGCAAGCGGCGGCCCGACAGUGCCACCCACCCCGAUGUCAAGCCCCGCCCACCACAGCAAGACCACGCCCACCCAGCGGACCAGGGCCCCACCCAACCCGGGGAGAGGCCACGACCCAGCGCGUCGGGACACGCCCCCGCAGAAGACAGGCCCGCCCACUCAAUCGAGUCGCAGGCUCCACCCCGUCCCCGGGACCGGCCGCGGCCCGCUCCCGCCGCCCGGGCUCAUGCCUGGCGGACAGCCGCCAGCCUGUCCUUCGACGAGGCGGUGGCCCUGGCCAGGCAGCAGCGCAGUAACGCCGGGGGCCGCGCCGGCAGCCUGCAGCGCGGAAACUCGGCGCCGGAUACGCCGUACGACCUCCACAACCGCCUCAGCCUGCCGCAUUUCCCCAGCGAGCCGGAGCGCUCGGCGGCCGGGCAGGCGGCUCGCUGCCGCUCCCUGGUGCUGGAGGCCGACGAGGCGCCGUGAGGGAACGUGGGUUUUUGGGGAGGGCGGGUUCCUCACCGUCGGUUGCAGGCGGGUUCUGCAUCAUGUGACAAAGGGGCGGGGGGUGUCACGUGAUGUAAACACCACGGCGAGACGUUGGUCGCGAGAUGCAACUGUCGCAACAGCCUGGGCGCGCCCGGGGGGGG